AUGCCGAUCAACUGGCAGGACCCGGAGGUCAAGGACCGCAUCCUUGCAUCCAUCAUCGCCUCGUUUGGCACGCCUAUCAACUGCCGCGAGGUCGCCCGCAUUUUCGGCCCCGAGGCGACCUACGACGCCAUCGAGAACUUUCUGCGCAAGCCCAAAAAGAAGGCCAAGGAGCUCAUCACCGAGGCUGCGGCUCGCGGGAACAGCGCGCCUGCCCGUGGAGCUAACAGCCCGGCGAAGCAGCGUGCGCCGAGGACGCCAAAGAAAAGCGAUGGCGUCAAGACCGGCCGUGUGACGAAGAGCACGCCGAAGAAGAAUGUCGGUUCGCCGGUCAAGAAGGAGAUGUUGGAGGGUGACGAGGCGUUCAACGGUGGAGCAGUGAGUACGCCGCAGGGAGACUACGAGAUGGAUGAGGAUUUCGAUGCGGAGAUCUAG